UACAAAUCUUAAUCAAGUUUAAAAAAACCCGUUUACUGACACAUAAAGGGCCAAAACUUUUAUCCAUGGUUUAAUCUGGAUUUAUUCUAGGCAUCGUCCAACUAUGAAGGACAUUGAUUUAGUUAUGAAUGUGUUUACAUGUGUUUGUUGACAAACAAUUCCUGUAUUGUGUUUCGUGUUUAUUACACAUACAUACAAGAGGAGUAUAAGCAACGAGGUGUAUACUACAUAAAAAUUAACAAUUAACAAAAUCGUGUUUGCUGCCCACGAUAUGGCAUUAAAAGGAGAAGUGGAUAAUUCAAAUAAAUCACCUGCAUCCAAUGACAAUUUCAGUAUGGACGACGAAGAAACGUACAGUACUGGAAGCUUCAGUAUUGAUGAACGAGGCCAAAUGUUAUUAGGACCUGACCUCGUCAACCUGAACAACGCCCCUGCUCCCUGUACAGCGAGGUGCAAUGACGCGGAUAACUCUCUCACUGUUAGACUAACGAAUGAUUUUAUCCACGUGCCCCACAACCGCGUCACGCCAAAAAACGUCAUUGGGCACUGUAAGUUGUACGGUCUGAUGAUCUGCGUGCUGCUAUCUGUGGUAUUAAACAUUAUACUGGUGACUGUUGGAAUUUGGUACAUGACAGCAAAAAAUACACAGCCUCUAGACCCUCGUCCGGAAACUACACAGAAAAAGCCAAUACAAGAUCAUAGCCGAUAUUUGCCAGUUCCGGCCGGUAAAGUCGAUAACUUAGUUGCAGUACCGUGUAAUGCAAGGGCGAACUUAUUAGAACGUUUUACUGGUGUAGAAAGAGAAUAUAUAAACGUCUCCACUGUGUACCCAGAAACGCCUACCCAGCUGUAUUGCUAUCUGCCGAGGUCUGAACCACUAAGCCACUUUCUGCGGAUUAUAAACCUUGCAAAACAUGGCGUGAAUGAUUCGCUUGGAAUUCAGAGUAAACACUGUGUUUCUCUAAUGUACUCGUCGGCCAACGGAACAGGUACUAAUUACCAGUGGAACGAAAAUGGCAAAUCUGACCUUGACAACGUAAUCAAGGUUGCCCGUAAUACGAGGACGAACGAACUUGAACUAAGUGGACCGAGUGGAUUCUAUAUGAUUAUGGCUCAGACGGUUUAUCAAUCUAGGAAAGACAUAACAGCAUCACGUGUCACACUGGAGGUACUCGUCAACAAGAAAAGGAUGAUGAGUGAAAGCAAGACAUUACUACCCUCCACUCAGGCAUAUGUUUCUCUCUCUUUUCAUGACGUAGUGCACAUUAACGAUAGUGACGAAGUCACGUUCAAUAUGUCGCAUGCGGAGUAUAUCUACAAAGUAAUUAAACUACACACUGCACACAUGUGUUGUAUUCCUGUACUUGGUGGCUGUAUAAAGUGAUGGUGGUCCACUGACGGCAGCUACACAUCUUCUCGUUGGAUUGACUGAAGUCCAAUAAGCUUCAUAUUUGGACAUGUUUGAAGACUUACAUGAAUCACGUCGACAUCGUUCUUGUUUCUAAACUCCCUAAACAAAAUGGUGUUUAUACAUGUCUGCUUCAAAACAAUCUGUGUAAAUAACAAAAUUCGGCGAUCGCCAACGAGUCGCUUACGACUUAAUUAACUGAUGAUAAUUCAUUUAAACAUGACUUUCCCGAUGUUAGUUCAGACAAACAUGUAUUACCAGGAGGUUCAGUUUCCUCUUACCUGGUGUUAGUUCAGUCACACCUGACUGAUACCCGCGGAUAGUUCAGACACACAUUGCUUACCAGGGAAGGGUUCAGUUACAUUUGACUUACCCGGAGCUAGUUCAGUCACGCAUGACUUACCAGGGGAAGGUUCAGUUACACGCCUUACCCGGAGCUAGUUCAGUCACGCAUGACUUACCAGGGAAAGGUUCAGUUACAUCGGACUUACCCGGAGCUAGUUCAGUCACGCAUGACUUUCCAGGGGAAGGUUCAGUUACAUCGGACCUACCUGCAGCUAGUUCAGUCACGCAUGACUUACCAGGGGAAGGUUAAGUUACAUCGGACCUACCCGGAGCUAGUUCAGUCACGCAUGACUUACCAGGGGAAGGUUCAGUUACAUCGGACCUACCCGGAGCUAGUUCAGUCACGCAUGACUUACCAGAGGAAGGUUCAGUUACAUCGGACCUAACCGGAGCUAGUUCAGUCACGCAUGACUUACCAGGGGAAGGUUCAGUUACAUCGGACCUACCUGCAGCUAGUUCAGUCACGCAUGACUUACCAGGGGAAGGUUCAGUUACAUCGGACCUACCCGGAGCUAGUUCAGUCACGCAUGACUUACCAGGGGAAGGUUCAGUUACAUCGGACCUACCCGGAGCUAGUUCAGUAACGCAUGACUUACCAGGGGAAGGUCCAGUUACAUCGGACCUACCCGGAGCUAGUUCAGUCACCGAUGACUCUCUGGGGAAUGUUUAGCAACACAUUGCUUACCAGAGCAAGGCUCAGUUACAUCUGACUUACCCCGGGGCCGCGGUGGCCGAGUGGUUAAGGUGUCCCGACACUUUAACACUAGCCCUCCACCUCUGGGUUGCGAGUUCGAAACCUACGUGGGGUAGUUGCCA